GGAUGGAGAAAGAAAACGCAUCACAUUCAUAGUUUCAUACUUUCAUAUCCAAACUUGUAUUCGAUUAUAUUGGAGGGAAUAUAUAUAUAUAUAUAUUAUAUAUACAAGUAUAAGUAAGAUCAAAGAGUGUGCUUGAAUGGUACCCGAUAUAAAAGGAUCCAUGAUGAAUGGGGAGAUUGAGGGAGAGAAAAGAGGUGAAAUGGAAGAUGCGAAGAAAAAUGAUGGUGAUGGUGAUGGUGUGGAGGAGGGUGGUUCAGGGAGGCUGCAGCCAUGGACAAAGCAGAUUACAGUUCGUGGGAUUGUGGCAAGUUGUAUCAUAGGGAGUAUUUACAGUAUCAUAGCAAUGAAAUUGAAUCUGACAACUGGAAUGACACCUAAUAUGAAUGUCUCGGCUGCACUUCUUGCUUUUGUGUUCAUGAGGACUUGGACAAAGAUGCUUCAGAAAUCAGGGAUUUCAUCUGUUCCCUUUACCAGACAUGAGAACACCAUGAUUCAGACAUGUUCCGUUGCCUGUUACAGCAUUGCUAUUGGAGGUGGAUAUGGAUCUUAUUUACUGGGAUUAAACAAGAAAACAUAUGAGAUGGCUGGAGGUGUGAAUUCUCCAGGGACUUAUAAAGAACCUGGUGUUGGUUGGAUGAUGGGCUACUCUUUCUUGGUCUGUUUUAUUGGUCUUUUUGUAUUGAUCCCACUACGCAAGGUUUUAAUCGUGGACUAUAAGUUGGUGUUUCCAAGUGGGAUGGCGACUGCGGUUCUUAUUAAUGGAUUUCAUACUCAAGGAGAUGAUAUGGCAAAGAAGCAAGUGAAGGGAUUUGCAAAGUACUUUUCUGCAAGCUUUCUAUGGGGGUUUUUUCAGUGGUUCUUUACAGGAAAAGAAGAAGAUUGCGGAUUUGUUCAGUUUCCUACAUUCGGUUUAAAAGCUUGGAAGAACACGUUUUACUUUGACUUUAGUAUGACUUAUGUGGGAACCGGAAUGAUUUGUCCUCACAUUGUGAACUUGUCGUUGCUAAUUGGAGCUGUGAUUUCAUGGGGUAUAAUGUGGCCCUUAAUUGGAAAAAACAAAGGAGACUGGUAUCCUGAUGGGUUGCCUGAAAGCAGCAUGAAAAGUCUCAAUGGCUACAAAGCCUUUAUUUCCAUUGCUCUGAUCCUAGGAGAUGGUCUAUACAACUUCGUCAAGAUACUAUACAUCACAUCCAUGAGUGUACACGGAAGAUUCAAGAACAAAAGCCUGAAUCCAGUUAGCGAGAAGAAGGUGAGUGAAAUUGAGCUAAAACAAAACGAGGUUUUCUUAAGAGAAAACAUUCCCAUGUCAAUAGGAGCAAUCGGAUACAUAACUUUAGCUAUAAUCGCUGUGAUUGCAAUCCCAUACAUGUUUCCCGAAGUUAAAUGGUAUUAUGUCAUCAUCUCCUACAUAUUUGCUCCAUCUUUAGCCUUCUGUAACGCGUAUGGAGCUGGGUUGACCGACAUCAACAUGGCUUACAAUUACGGGAAAAUCGGGCUUUUCAUGAUGGCGGCAAUGGCGGGAAAAGAGGACGGUGUGGUGGCGGGAAUGGCGGGAUGUGGGCUGGUGAAAUCGGUGGUUUCGGUUUCUUGCAUUCUGAUGCACGACUUGAAAACCGGUCAACUGACGUUGACUUCUCCAAGAACGAUGCUUGUGAGUCAAGCAAUCGGGACAGCAAUAGGGUGCUUGGUGUCACCAUUGAGCUUCUUUUUGUUCUACAAAGCUUUUGAUAUUGGAAACCCUGAUGGAGAAUACAAAGCACCAUACGCGAUAAUCUACAGAAACUUAGCGAUUCUUGGGGUGCAAGGUUUUUCGGCUUUACCUAAACAUUGUUUGGACCUUUGUUAUGGUUUUUUCGCAUUUGCUGUGUUGAUUAAUAUGAUUAAAGAUAUGUUGCCUAAAAAGAUAGGGAAAUGGAUGCCAUUGCCUAUAUGUAUGGCUGUUCCUUUUUUGGUGAAUGCUAAAAAGGCGGAUUCAAUGGUGCCAGCGGUUGCUUCUGGUUUGAUCUGUGGUGAAGGUAUGUGGUCCCUACCAGCUUCGGUUCUUGCAUUGGCCAAAAUUAGGCCUCCGAUUUGUAUGAAGUUUUUUUCUUCUUAG